AUGGCUCCAUCUGUUAACACUCACUCAGCUGCUACUGCUGCUUCUCAGGCUCCUGGUUAUGGUAAGUCUGGCUUCACCACUGUCGAGGUUCAAACCGACAAAGUGCGUGUUGCAGACGACGCUAUUUACUCGACCUAUGCUUAUGAGAAUGCUGUUGUCGAAAAGGUUGAUGGCAAGUACAAGGUCAAACCCACUGUCCAAGAGUACGAGUUCAAGUUAGACACCAAGGUCCCCAAGACCGGUUUGCUUCUCGUUGGUCUUGGUGGUAAUAACGGUUCUACCUUGACUGCUGCUGUCACUGCCAACCGUCACAACAUCUCUUUCAAUACCAAGAAUGGUAAGAUUGAGCCCAACUAUUUCGGUUCGGUUACUCAAGCUGCUACCAUCAAGCUUGGUAUUGAUGCUAAUGGAAAGGAUGUUUAUGCUCCUUUCAACGAGAUUGUCCCUCUUUUGCACCCUAAUGACUUCGUCAUUGGCGGUUGGGAUAUCUCUAAGCUCAAUUUGGCUGGUGCUAUGCAACGUGCUCAAGUUCUUGACUAUGACCUUCAACGUCAAUUGGUCAAGCACUUGGAGCAAAUUGUUCCCUUGCCUUCUAUCUACUACCCAGAUUUCAUCGCCGCUAACCAAUCUGAGCGUGCUGAUAACUUGAUUCCUGGUGAAGACAAGUGGGCCCAUGUUGAGCAUAUCCGUAAAGAUAUCCGUGAAUUCAAGGAGAAGAACGACCUUGACAAGGUCAUUGUUCUCUGGACCGCCAACACUGAGCGUUACGCAGAUAUCAUUGAGGGAGUUAAUGAUACUGCCGAUAACCUGCUCAAGGCUGUUAAGGAGUCUCACUCUGAGGUUUCUCCUUCCACUAUCUUUGCUAUUGCUUCUAUUCUUGAGGGUGUUCCUUACAUUAACGGAUCUCCUCAAAACACUUUUGUUCCUGGCUGUAUCGAGCUUGCUGAGAAGCACAAUGCUUUUAUUGGCGGUGACGAUUUUAAGUCGGGUCAAACUAAGCUCAAGUCGGUCUUGGCUCAAUACCUUGUUGAUGCCGGUAUCCGCCCUGUUUCCGUUGCCUCUUACAACCACUUGGGUAACAACGACGGUUACAACUUGUCUGCUCCUAAACAAUUCAGAUCCAAGGAGAUCUCCAAGGCUUCUGUUAUUGACGACAUGAUUGAGUCGAACCAGAUUCUUUACAACGACAAGUAUGGCAAGACUGUUGACCACUGUAUUGUGAUCAAGUACGUUCCUGCUGUUGGAGAUUCUAAGGUCGCUAUGGACGAGUACCACUCAGAGCUCAUGUUGGGUGGUCACAACACCGUUUCCAUCCACAACGUGUGCGAGGACUCUCUUUUGGCCACUCCUUUGAUCAUUGACUUGGUCGUUGUGUCUGAGUUCUUGUCCCGUGUCACUUACAAGAAGAAGAACUCUGAGGAGGACUACCACCAGUUCCACUCUGUUCUGUCCUUCCUCUCCUACUGGCUCAAGGCCCCUCUUACCAGACCCGGUUUCGACCCCGUCAACGGUCUCAACAAGCAAAGAGCCGGUCUCGAGAACCUCAUCCGUGGUCUCGUCGGCCUUGCCCCCCACAAUGACCUCAAGCUCGAGGAGCGUACCGUCUAA